AUGGACCGUCAGUCUCUACUCCGUAUACGGCGAGCUACCAUAGCAAACCUCCUGUGCUAUGGCUUGGGUUCAAGUGAUGGCGGUGGCCAACAACGCCUACACAUGCCUGUACGGAGUACAUCCCUAAUUUGCCAGCAAGCCAACGAGGGGCGGAGGGGUAGCAAUGAGAAGAUGGCGCAAGAGCCGCAAGAAAUGGCUGCGGAAAAGAAAAGAGCAGAAGAAAAGAAAACGAGGGCUUUAGGAUGCAUCAAAAUUUCGACCAGAGGCGCCCAAAACAAAGGUGAGGGAGAGCAGAGCAAGAUGGCAGCUGCGAGUGACAACGCCACGUCGAGCAGAGAAAUACGGCUACGAGCAGCGAAUGGCAUUUCGAAUUGGGCGAGAAAGGGGGCCAAUGAGCCCAUGAGGCUUUUCCAAGAGCCUUCGCGAGACGCCACGGGGAACGGCGGAUAUACUUCGACGGAGCGAUUUUAUCCUUCACCCGCCAAUACAAACAUCCUGGGACCAAGACACCAUAACCGGAUAUCAUAUCGGACUAUUGAACGGGAUACAAGACAUCAAGACCUGCCGAGGGGCAUAAGAGCGAGCUUCUUAUAUUCGGAGUCAAGUCGCUCUGAUAACUAUAUCGCCUCGACAGCUAUUGUGGUGGCUCGUUCUCAGCGGUUGGCCCUGACUCGCAUAUCAAUCUCCCCCAAGGCGUAUCGCCCGUUACCGUACCUUCGUUGCCAGCUGGCUCUGCCCCUGCCGAGCACCUUCCAGCAGCCAAUGAGAGCAGCGAGGGACCUGGGCUCACCGCCACCCAAAGCGGCAGCUCUGACGAUCAUCUUAUCGUAUACUUCGGUAUUGGCGAAUACAUGCAAUAAAUAUUGUAAUACACCAUCAACAGGAGGAGACGAGGCGGCAGCGCUGGAGUGA